CCCGUGACUAAUCCUCAACUACUUCCUUUCAUCCAAAGUUACACAAAGAUCCUCUCUCCAUUAUGAGACUAAAGUAGAGAGAGAGAGAGAGAGAGAGAGAGAGAGAGAGAGAGAGAGAAGCCUUGGAUCCCAAACCUUCACCUUCCACUCAAUUGCCACAUUCCUUAGAAACAGAGCAAGAAGAAACAGGGGAUUUGCGGUGAAUAUGCAGCCAGGAGCAAAGAGAAGAGCCAGAAGCAACAAUGGUGGGUCGGUUUGGGAGAACAGGAUGAAGAUGGAUCAGGUCAAGGGCGGAGUCAGAGUGUUCAGCGGAGGCAACGGUAGCAAUGCAGGCGAAGAAGGGGUCCAAGUCCACAGGAGGUUGAGGAGAAACCAGAGUGAAGGAAGCAACGGCAACAGCGGCAGCGUCGAGGGGAAAAAGAGAAGAAAUUGGAAGCCCCCUGAGCCUGCGGACUCCAUCCAGUUGAGGAAGUCUAAAUCGGAAUUGUCGAAUUCUUCGAAGGUCGGCUCUAACGGAGAAGACGAGGAGGAGGAGGAUGAUGAUGAUGAGAUCGAGAUCGAGGGUGAAGUGAAGGGUUUUGAUGAUAAAGAGAUCGAUUUGCCCGUGGAGAAAUCGAAGCCGAAGAUGGUUGUCGAAGUUGGAGAAGAGAAGAGGGUUAGUCAAGUAAAUGAGAUACCCAUUGCGCCAGAGAUUGGAAUGAAGGAGAAUCCGGAGAUGGAUCUUAAAGAAAUGGAGCCUGAUCCUUUGAAGCCACAACCAACAGUUGAAGUUGAGGAGGAGAUGCUUGAGAUCGGAUCAGAGACCCAGAACAGAAUGCAAAACAUUGUUGAUCUGGUAAUGUGGAGAGACAUCUCAAGGUCUGCUUUUGUCUUCGGACUUGGUACAUUCAUCCUCCUCUCUUCUUCGUACACCAAAGAUAUUGAUUUCAGCCUUUUAUCAGCAAUUUCCUACCUGGGUCUUGUUUAUCUGGCCUUAGUUUUCCUCUACAACUCCAUCCUUAGAAGGGGAGACGUAGAAUUCGAAGAGAGAUGCUUAAUUGGAGAAGAGGAAGCCGCUUGGGCCUUGAGAUUUCUUCUCCCUUACAUAAAUGAGGUGCUUAUAAAGAUCAAAGCCCUUUUCUCUGGGGAUCCUUCCACAACAAUGAAGAUGGCAGUGCUGCUGUUUGUUAUGGCCAGGUGUGGGAGCUCCAUCACCGCCUGGACGCUGGCCAAACUCGUGUUCUUUGGGAUUUUCACCAUCCCAAAAAUCUUUUCCUCUUAUUCCCUUCAGCUGGCCAAAUAUGGUAAAUUUUGGAUGGAGAGGUUUGAGGACGGAUGGGAGUCGUGCACCCACAAGAAAGCUGUUGCUGCUGCAGUCUUCGUUCUCAUAUGGAAUAUUUCCUCCACCGUAGCUAGAAUUUGGGCCGUGUUUAUGCUGGUGGUGGCAGUAAAAUUCUACCAACAGUGUGCAGCAGAGUGGAGCAGCACCGCUGUAAAUGACGAGCAACAGCAGCACGAGGAGCAAGGAGGGCGGGAUGAGAUCGUGGCGCAGCGAGCAAAGAGGCAAGAAGAUUCCAAGGCGGUAGGGCCGUCGAAGAGCCCAAGCACGAGCCUACUCCACCGACAGCAAGGAAAUGGGCCCAAGAGAGAAGCAACAAAAGUGAAGAGAUGGACAUAAAGAUAAUAAAUAGUAAUCGCAAUCAUAAUAAUAUUGAUGGGGUGGGGGCCCAAAAGUGUUUGGAGGUAGAUCUAUGCACAGGGAGGUUCUUCGUCUUCUCUUUCUAUAAGAUAUAAGCCUGCACGUGACACCCAACCCUUCUUCUUCUUCUUAUGGUGUACAGUCUCGUUGUUUUUAGAAAGUUUCGAGUAUUAUUGUUUUGGGGAGAUUUUUUUUUUUUUCCUUGGUGUGCUAUGGUGACGGUUCACAAAGGGUGUUUGUUGGAGGGAGUGGAGAAACCAACAAAAGCUAUAAAGUUUUAGCCAAUUGAUGCUCGUGCGCAACACGAGCGAGAUUUUGCAACGUCAGGUGUAUUUUCUAUUAGAAAUUGUAUUAAGACUCGUAGUCAA